UCGAGGCUGACGGGCAGGGAUGUCGUGACUUUAAGCGAGUCGUACCUGCUGAGCAAUCCGCUCCUUCCGGCUCUCCGAAUUCCCAAGCACGAAAGUCAUGCAUGGCUAUACACACAAUGCGCAAGACGCUUCGACGGUCCUGCGACGCUUGUGCAAGAUCCAAAUUGGCCUGUGACCUCCAGACGCCGCGGUGCUCACGAUGCGCCAAGAGAGACUUGCCAUGUGCAUACGCCAACCAGCCGCUGUCCGCCGCACCAAGGGAGAGCGCGACAUCGCCGCCGUCAAACGGUUUAACCGUUGGUCAAGAAACUACAACGAUCAUGUUAGUGAAUCCAGGGAUCCAGUCCUUCGACCCGUUCGAUACCUAUCCCCAAACCAGACUACCACGGCCUCACGUGCAGCAGUUGAUCCAGCAUUUCCUGUCUCAUAUCGCAUUCCAAUACUACCCAUUGGACCUCGACAUCAUGUCGAAUCCGUUCGUUGUAUCUUGGUGGCCACUUGCUCUGGCGGAUCCCGCUCUAUUCCAUGUGUCACUUCAAACCGCGUCGCUUGAUCUCGAUCUGCGGGCGCAGAAGGGGUUUGCCAACUCAGAAAUACUGAUGGCAGAUUCUGUCUCGCUAGUCAGACAGAAGAUCAACGAUCCCACUUCUGCGUUACAAGAUGAGACAAUGGACUCAAUUAUCACACUGGCGGCUAUCGAAUAUGGCAAAGGCAAUACUGACAUCAGUGCGCUACAUGUAGACGGCGUGAAACGUCUUGUCGAGCUGAGAGGGGGUAUCAACAGCGUCAGACGUACAAGCCCACUCACUGCUAGAAUGGUUGCAUGGGUCUGCAUGAUCGUUACACAAACCCCACAAUUUCCAGCGCAGGACGGUAACGAAACCGAUGAGGCCAUCGUUCCUAUAUCGCAGUGGUACGAAGCGACCAGCAACAUUAACGAUACGAGCCCGAUCGCUCUCAACGUCCCAGUCCUUGAUCCUGACAUUACUGAUGUCCUCUGCCGCUUACACAACCUUUUCGACUCUAACCAACACUCGUUAUCCAGCACUGAUCUUCACGACCUUACAUGCUACGCCGUCCAUAGACUGCUACUUUGGUCUCCUCAGCCUCAGACCAACAGCUUCCUUUGUGAUCUGGCCGCCUCCGGUACCGUUAGACAUGCUCUAGUACUUUACCUGCUCAUCAUUCACGGACCUACAUACUUUUCCCACGCGCGUCUCCAGUACGCCAUUAUGCUGAAGCUCCAAGCACAAAUGGAGCUUUCCUGGUUCAACAUGUUAUACAGUCAUGGAUCCCUCACUUUGUGGCUGCUUUUCGUUGGGAUGGUGGCAUCCGAAGGCACACCUGAAGGCCAAUGGUUCGCGAACCAGGCUCGUACGGCUACUGAGUUUCUCGGCUUGCAGACCUGGGCCGAUGUUGUUGUUCGGCUCCAGGGCAUAGUAUGGUUGGACUCGCGAGCAGCCACUUCUAUUUUUCAGCAGAAGUGGCAGGAAGUGCGGAUCUUUACACCAACAUGAAACAUAAGAGAAUUCCGCUGCUGCAUUUCCAGAUAUCGAGGAGAAUUUCCUCGGGGCCCAUCGUUGCGCUGCAAGUGGAGAUCCGUACCUUUUCGUCGCCUGACGUGCCACUUCCGUCCAAAUAGGACUAGUCUCCGAACACCCAACCCCAUCCGCAA